AUGAUCGUCCAAAUCUACGUCAAUGACAUCAUCUUCGGUUCCAUGAAUCCCAACUUAACUGCUAAAUUCAGGAAGUUGAUGUACACUAAGUUUGAGAUGACCUCAAUGGGUCCAGUUAACUUUAUCUUUGGCUUGAAUAUCAGACAAGGACCCAAAGGCAUAUUUAUUAAUCAGGAGGCCUACACGAAGACCUUACUGGCUAAGUUGAGCAUGAUGAGUGAUUCCAAAGUAAAGGCUCCUAUGACAUUUGGAACAAAGUUAACACAAUCCUUGGAGAAACCCACUGGUGAUAUGACCCUCUAUCGGCAAAUAAUGGGGUCUCUUAUGUAUUUAACAGCUAGUAGACCAGAUAUUAUGUUUUUGGUUUGUUAUGGUGCCACGAUCCUAGCUAAUCCACACGAACCUCAUAUGGUAGCUGUGAAAAACAUUUUCAAAUACUUGAAGCGAACCUCGUCUCUUGGUCUUUGGUACCCUGCGAAAUCAGGCUUCUUUGUUCAAGCAUUCUCAGAUGCUGAUCCUGGAGGGUGUGGUUUGGACCGAAAGAGCACCACUGGCGGUUGUUAA